GAUUCUCCACCCGCCCUCUCUCUCUCUCUCUCUCUCUCCUGUGGCUCAGUCUCUUGGCUCUUAUAUUGCCCUCCCCUCCUUUUCCUUUUCAGAAUCCACUUCGAUAAUUCGUUUCUCCCUCCCUUUCCCUUUCCUUGCUUCUCUCUGUUCUGGGUUUCUAUAUAAUAUACCUGACAUUGUUCCUAAAGCGAAAAACAAAAAAAAUAUCGUUCCCUCUUCUUCGCGGUGGUAUCUUGGUUUUCCUUCCAUACCACUGUUUUAUUUUUCUUGUCUUUUUAAUUGUUUUCCUUCUUUUCGUUAGUAUCAAUACGAUCUAGUUCGCCCUCCUAGAAAGCUUCUCGUUUGAGCAUCAGCUCCGCUCCUAAGAUCAUUCUUCAACCUGAUUCAUUAAUAGGGGUUUAUUGUCUAACUCCGAUUCCGGUGCUUUUUUUUAUUUUUUAGUCCUGUGCCGCCGGAAUCGAGAGUUUUCUCCCUCUUGUUUCUUUUAUUUUAUAAUUUAGGGUCUUUUGUUUGGUUCUCUUUCUUGGAAAAAAAAGCUUUGCGGGCAUAUAAUUGAGUUGUUUGACCCAGUCUAGGUGUCUUGCGAUAGGGUUCCUACGAAUCAAGAAUGCCUCUUAGUCUCUCUGAUGCCCACGCGGUUAGGAAUUAUGAAGGUUCACGUGAUUCUUGGAGUUUCCGGGGCUUGAAUUCUGAGUCGGAGGGUUCUGAUUGCAACAAAAUGGGCAAGGCUGAGUUUGGAGGCUACGGGGAGCCGGUGCUCGUAGAUGAUGUCGUCGAUAAGUUGCCUGUAGAUCCAUUUGGAAUGGAUAAAAGGUCUACGAUUACGAUCACGGGUUGGUUUCAAGACUUGGUAGAGGAAUCUGAUUCAGGUUGUAAUGGUUUUGGGUUUGAUGAUGCUCAAAAAGAGAUUGCUGAUCAUCAUGGACUCCUUGCAGGGCUGAAUUGGCUGUGGAAUGGUUCGAUGAAGUUUGAACCAGAAUUGGGUAACGUGAAAAAGGGUGAAAUUUCAAUUCCUUGUAAUGGGUUUGAUGGAUAUGGGGUUGACGCUAGAUUGCUUGAUGGUGUUUUUGCACUGGAUGGAAAUGUGGAGGAGUUUAUGAAUUUCGGCCGUUUCGGAAAUUGGUUUGUGAGCAAAGGAGCUCCGGAGUCGAGGGAUUUUGGAAAAACUUGUUUUAAUGGUGGGGAAGAAGGUACACCCCAUGAUGCCAUGUUUUUUGCUUUGGGAUAUCUGGGAGUGCAGGACCUUCUCACUGUAGAAAGGGUUUGCAAAUCUUUGCGCGAUUCGGUUAGAAGUGAUGCUCUUCUGUGGAGGAGUAUUCACAUCGAUCGGCCGUUAAGCGAGAAGAUCACGGAUGAUGCUCUUCUGAAAUUGGCUAACAGGGCACAAGGCACCCUUCAGUGCUUGAACCUAGUGGACUGCAUAAGAAUCACAGAUAGCGGUUUGAAGCGUGUGAUUGAAACGAAUUCAAGACUGAAAAAGCUAAGCGUGCCAGGAUGUGUAAGACUUAGCGUUGACAGCUUAUUGGAUAUGUUAAGGGCCUUCAAGUCUGUUGGCUCCCCAGGAAUAAAGCACUUGAGAAUUGCUGGCAUCCGCAGUAUCACAGAAAAGCAUUUUGAAGAAUUGCAGUUUCUUCUGAAUGCAGAUAACCAUGUGGAGCAGACUGCCCGCAGGCCACGGAUUUAUAGUGGGGUUUCGUCUUAUAUAUCUUGUGAUGAUGAUUGUGCCAUCGACAUUGAGGCCUGCCCCUGGUGCCACGAGUUUAAACUAGUUUAUGAUUGCCCAUCAGAGAGUUGUCAGGGGAAACAUCAGGCUACUCAUUUGUGCAGGGCUUGCAUAAUUUGCACGCCUCGCUGUAUCAAUUGUGGCUGCUGCAUUAAGGACCGUGAUUAUGAGGAAACAUUCUGUCUAGACUCCCUAUGUUUGGAUUGUUGGAAGCAGCGACUUAAUUGCCCAGAUAUGCUGGGUGAAAAAGGCGCUUCUCAGUGCACCAUUUUUCGUCGAGAGACCAGUUACCAGUUUUGCUUCUAUGGCUGAUGGGAAAGACAUUUUAAAUUUCCACGGGCUGUAGGUUUUGGAGUAGAAUCUUCAUUGUUGCGCUCUCCAAAUGAGUAAUGCAAUAGCCACCUGCGUAGAUGCUAAAAGUGGGGUCUCCUGUUUCUGUGAAGAACAUGCAGCCAGCUUGUGAGGACGGGAAUGUACCACCAGCACGGCUGUAACUGCUUAGUUGGUGCCUCUUUGACAUUUUCUCGAUUCAGGAGGUUUGAGGAGGACUAGAAGAAAAUUAAAAAUAUAGUUAAAAAAACCCUUAAAAAAAUAUAAUAGAAAAAAACAGAAUGAAUGAAGGGAACUGGAUGAAAAAAAAGAUGAUAGAAAAAAGAAACAAUAAGGCAAUGCUGGUCAAAUAAAAGCAGGCUUUUGAUUUAUAAUUGUGUCUUGAAAUAGGGUGAUUUCAUGCAUCUCUGGCUCAUGUAUUCGGACACUGAAGAAGUUGAUUUCUAUGUGCGACUCUGAAAGCGUGCCCGCAUCUGUUCCUGGUAACGUUUGCCGAAGUGACAGUUCUUGUCACAAAAGUUGGGGUUUCUCUAAUGGAUGCAGAUGAGGAGAAUUCAUAUUAAUAUGCAGAAAGUACUGGAAGAAUUAGAGCACUUGUGUUGUGUGUCAACUUUGUGAUAGCUUGCUUUAUUGUGCAGGUAGUUGUUGCACAAAGCUCAUGUGAUUUGUUUGUCACAAAGAUCAGUAUCAAUGUAACCCAAAUAAAUGUGGAUGAUUGAAUGUCCAAUUUUUGUUA